AACUUUAUUGGAGAAUUCUAAGACAAAUCUGAUGAGAUUGUUUAAAAAAAAUGUAAAAUGGUCACUUCAUUUGUACAAUUCCAGAGUGAAAGAACAGGCUCACAUAUUUGCGGUGGGCGGAUAGAAAGUGACCAAAUAUACUAACUUUAUGCCAACCAACUUCAAGAGCUGUAGGUAGGCUACUACAGGCCACAGCCCCCACUUUGGGGGGGAACAUUAGACCAGCAUCACAGAGACAUUCUGGGACGGAUCGAGCUCCACAGUAGAUAGUCUGCAUGGACUAGAGAGGGUAUGGCUGCGCGAGCGAGACUAUUUCAUCUAGCCACAAUUGUAUUCCUGUUUUCGAACUACUACUCCGCCUCCCAGGCACCAGGCACCGAUAAAGGAAACUCGGACAAAUGCAACAAUAAGGUGCAGCAGAGCCUGCACACUGAAGAUGAAGUUGCAGGAGAUGUCUUGACCACACCCUGGCUGCUGUCCAGACAGCGGAAGUGCUGGAAGGGGCUCCAGGUCCAGUCAAGUUCUGACGGGAAUGGUCGGAAGCGAGGGGUCACAUUCCGAACAGACAACUGCUCUGUGAACUGGAGUCCAUUGGGGAAGCAUGCCAUCCAUGGGGUGAACAAUAUGACAUUCAGCCACCUCUCCUGUGACAGCCAGGCUGCUGUGGUGGUCCACUGGAUGACCAGCCCUCUAGGUAUUGAGCAUGUGAAGGGCUUCAGAGUAUACCUAGAGGAUAAGAACCCAGAGGGCAAACGGUGUCAACACAUGAUCCUCAAAGACCCACGACCGCUCAACUUCUCCUACAAGACUGUGAAGAUGAGCUCACAGCCCUUCCCUGGCCUGGCCUAUGAGACCGAUUACAUGGUCCGUGUUGUUCCCUUCCCCACCGUCAUGAACGACAGCUUCUUCCCCCCAUCCUUCCUGCGCACAAACUCCUGUGAUGUUCUACUGGGUCCAGACAACCUGGUCUGCAAACCAUUCUGGAAGCCCAAGACUCUCAACAUCUCCCAGCUGGGCUCCAACCUCCAUGUUGUCUUCGACCACGCCCCCUCCACCUUCGGCUUCACCAUCUACUACCUGUACUACAAACUACGACAGGAGGGACCAUUCAGGCUUAAACGCUGCAAACCGGAGUUUAAUCUGCCCAUAACGACAUGCGUUCUUCAAGAUGUGAUACCAGGAACCUAUGCGAUUGAGCUGAGAGAUGACACCAACACUACCAGAAGACAGGCCCAGUACCACGUAAGCCAAGUCCACUCCCCGUGGGCAGGGCCUAUCAGAGCCAUGGCCAUCACUGUCCCUCUAGUCAUCAUGUCUGCCUUCGCUACACUCUUCACUGUAAUGUGCCGGAAGAAACAACAAGAGAAUAUCUACUCCCAUCUGGAUGAGGAGAGUGCUGAGUCAUCGUCUCACACCACAGCUCUGAAUGCAGACAGACCCUGGCCCCGGACUAAGGUGUUUGUCUGCUACUCCACUAAGGACUGCCCCAAACACCUCACAGUCGUACAGAGCUUCGCCUUCUUCCUCCAGGACUUCUGUGGCUGUGAGGUGACUCUGGACCUGUGGGAGCACCUGCAGAUCUGUAAGGAGGGCCAGAUGUCCUGGCUGAGUCGGCAGAUAGAUGAGGCUCACUACAUCAUCACUGUCUGCUCCAAAGGCCUCAAGCACUAUAUAGAGAAGAGCCGCAGGGGGAAAUCACCAGCCAGAGGUGGAGCAGCUGCAGCAAACGGAGCAGAGCUCUUCAUUGUCGCAGUGGCCAUGAUUGCAGAAAAGCUCUGUGAGGCGCGCCAGAAAGACCAGGACCUGUCUCGCUUCAUGGCCGUCUACUUCGACUACUCCCACGAGGGCGACGUCCCGACCAUGCUGAGCCUGGCUCCCAAGUUCAAGCUCAUGGAUCAGCUCCCUCAGAUGUUCGGCCGCCUCCACUCCCGCCAGCUCAGUUUACCGGAACGCGAGCCGCAGCCGCUCAACAUCAGCAAGAGGAACUACUUCCGGAGCAAGUCAGGGCGGUCUCUGUACGUGGCCAUCUGCAACAUGCACCAGCACAUCUCAUUGGAGCCUGAUUGGUUCGAGAGGCAGGUGAAACCCGCUCCUCUGGCACCGCGUGACGGAGUGUCAUUGUCAUCAUCGUCGCCUCGCAUGGAGAAGUUUGACUCUGGGUUGGUGCUCAACGAGGUUUUAUUUAAGUUGCCAUCAGAAAGCGAAGGUACUCUGAAGAGCAAUGUGCUGCUCACGUCUCUCCCUCCCAGCCUCAGCCUGGCCCACUGUUCCUUGGACCGACCCGGGGGGCCUGGGAACAGCCUCUCCAGCUCUAUCUUUUCUCAGGGGGAAUCUGGGUUCACAUCGGGGGCCUCGUCUGGUUUGGGUCCUCUGGCUCUGAGGUCUGUCGUACCUCCCCAGGCUGGAGAUGGGUCAGCCAGUCCCCCAGAAAUGCCCCGGGACUCUGGGAUCUAUGAUUUGUCAGUGCCCUCUUCUGAGCUGUCCAUCCCCCUCAUGGAGGGCCUGUCACCUGACCAGGCUGACUCCUCCUCCCUGGCCGACAGCGAAUCAUCUUCUUCCGGAAUGGGUGAUGAGGAGCCCCCUACUGUCAGCUCUCUGCACUACGCCGUGCCCACCAUCUGUAAAGCUGAGCUUCACCACCACCAUCUAGUGCAGUCUGAAGGACUGGGACUCUUUCCUGUUCCUCUCUUGUAGUGAACUUAACAACAUUACAUUACCUGGACAUGCAUGGCCUGUUCAUAAGUAAUCAUUGGAUCAAGCCCAGUGACCAAUCCCAUGGAUUCUAGCGAUGUCAUCUGCUUCAGAAUCUCUGUGGGCUGAUAAAACACGGAGGAAUGAUGUCACGUUUUAGAACGCCGAGGGUGAUGUCACUGUUUUGUGAACCUUCUAAGUAGCGGUUGUGUGACUGAAGGCAAUGCAUUAUUUAACAAUGGUUGUAUAUUGUUUUGCAGUGCUGUCCUGUAAUUGUUAGUGGUGUAAAGAUGUUGAAUUCAGAAUACACCAGAUCUGCCCUUUAAAACACCCCACCCCAUACCAGGUCACAGUUCAUCAAAUGGCCGACAUCAAUGUUUCUCAACCUUGGUCCUCUGGUGCAUCAAAGAGGUGACACAUUUUUUGUUCCAGAGCAGAAACACCUGCUUCAACUCCUCUACUGAUAAUCAAAUCCAUGAUUACUCGAAUCUGGUGUGUUAGUGCUGGGCUUGAACACAAAUGUGUGACUUCAACGAUGUAGUUUGUUAAAUACAGGGACAAUUAAAUUUUGAAUAAAAGAGCAUUUGUUUGUUACUUUAUUUUAAUUUAUUGUCAAUGAUGAAAUAACUUUUUAAAGUAUUGUACACCAACACAAGGUGCUGGAACUGAGUGUCAAAAGCACUUUUACUUGUUUAAAAAAAAAAUGUCAUUCUGGCACCAAUUUGGUUUACUGAUAGAAAAGGUUUUGACAACUGUUGUGUAAGAGAGCAGAUAGGUUGGGAGUACUCACAUUUUUAUCAUUUUUCAAACCAGCAGUUAUGAAAAUGUUAUCUCACAGUAAUGGACAGGGGUUUGAUUUUAGGGGCAUUCUAAUUUUAUAAACUAAAUGCCUUUAUUUGGAACUUGGAAAUAUACUGUUAUUCAACUCUUACAGAGCAAAAAAGUAAACCCAUCUUUGUGGGUCUACUUCAGUGUAUGUUCUAACAAUGUUUUAAUGUUUUCCAGUGCCAGUCAUUUUGACAACCACUUUGUUUUUGGAAAUAAUCCGUUUUAUUCCAGUUUUGUAUAGUUUUUAGAUCCUUUUUUUCUCCACAUUUUAUAUAUACACUUUGUACUGUUUUAUAGUACUCUAAUGUAGGAAAUAAGCAAAAAAUGAAAUUGUAAUUUGUUCAUUAUUGAAGCCUCGGACAACCAAGUCAAAGGAGACAAGAUUUAGAAGGAUGGCUCGGUGAGACACAACCCAUUUUCCUGCUCAAAGUGUGUAACUAAACAUGUCAUUGCAAGAACACAAUCUGAAAUAUCAUUUACACCCUUUACAUGGCAACAUAGAUGUAUAUUUGAUAUCUGCCCAUUUGAAGUGGCAACUGAUUUCACCAGUAGCACCGUGCCAAGUGCGCCGUAAGUCCAAGGUCAAGAUACAAACUGGUAGUUAAAAUACAAUGUAACCUAUUGCAUGUUUUAGUAACUGUCAAAUGUGGUGUAAUAAUUGGUUGGGAUAGAAAUAUUUUUUAUCCCCCACAUUUUCUUCCCACCAACCCCUACAUUUAAAUCACGUUAGUUUGCCUAUUAUAAACUUUAUGGCGUUAUGGCAGUCUGUCAGCACUGCUCAAGUUCAGUAGCAAUAUGGGAAGUUUAUUAUCCAUUAAUCUACAUUUAAAAAAAUAUUAUGUAGAUUACCAUCCCAUGGUGAAUAGACUCUACUAUUCAAAAGAGAAAAUUACUGUAGAGAGAGGAUUAGAAAUCACACCAAUGACUACAUUUCCUAUAGGCCUACUUGGUGCUGAGUAAUGUAGUGUGUUACACUCUACACAACUCGAUUCUGAUACGGGGGUCCGGAACAUAUUUACAGAUCAUUCGACUGCAAACCUUGCUUACAUUUGUAUACGAUCACGUCUCUAUUAUGUGUGGGAAUACUUGAACAGAUUUCCAAAUGUAAAAUCUCUUGAAGCAGAUGUCCAACAGUGAAAAAUCUGUAAAACAAGCAUGUUUUUAUUUAUUAUGUUUUGCUCAGAACUUGGGGGUCCAAAUAAAAUCACUGGCCACCAGUUGGGGAACCCUGCUGUACUGUAUCUCACUGUAAAAGACCCCUUG